UCUCCCCCCCACUCCACUCCUCGCAGCACAGAACCAAACUGAUUGCAGAACCUCAGUGCGCACCUCCCUCUCUGUGGAUAUUUUCCUGAUCUUUUCCACCCACACUGACAGAAGGAGAACCGUGGGAAUCUCCACCAACUCACCAGAUAAGAAGAAAAAAACUCCAUCGCAGCCGCUGCUGAAGCCGGCCGAGUGUGAAGGACAGGAGCCGUCAGCCAGAGGUACAGAGACGAGCGGGUUCCGCUAGUCCACAUCCAUCAACACAUGAGACCAUGAGCGCCCCCCUGGAGCGGGCCGUGGCCCAGAAGAAGGAGGCCAUCGAGGCGGCCAUGGAGAUGUUUGAGCGCGGCGCCGAGGUGCUGGCGAGCGCGGUGGGCGAGCUCCUCCCCCUGUGCACGGCCGCCGCCCCCGUGCUGCGCCUGGCGCUCCACAACGUCCAGAGCAAGGAGAUCUUCUACGUCAAGGAGCAGUUCCUCACCGUGCGCAACCGGCUGGACGUGCUCUCGGGCCAGCUGGACGACAUCGACGGGGAGCUGCGGAAGAGCCGGCUGGACACGGACUACUUCGGCGUGGAGGAGAACGUCAGGAACCAGUUCAGGAAGUACAUGGACAUCCUGGAGGCCAAGCCGGAGUUCCACGCGGUGAAGACCCGGCUGUUCCGGGAGCACUUCGCCCGGACCGGAGGGGAGAAGAACCUCUAUGUGCUGUACGAGGCGGUGAUGGGGCUCAACAGCUUCGGGGAGUCGGUCCUAGACGUGGUGGAGAGGUACGUCUCGAGGAACCGGCGUCUCCUGGAGGACUUCUGUGUGAGGCUGAAGGAGCUCUUCUGCCUGGGUCUGAUCGCUCUGCUGGGCCACUGCGCCCUCACCCGGGAGGACGAGGAGGACGAGAAGAUCCAGGACUGGAGCGGCCGCAUCGACCAGGUGGAGUCCAAGAUGAAGGCCGCCAUCGAGGCGUGCGUGGCGGCCUUCCCCGAGCAGGCCAAGACGGACGCAGAGCGGCUGCUGAAGGAGAAAGACGGGCAGGAGCUCCCGGACGUCGCCCAGGCUCUGCGGGAGUUCCUGGCGGGGAAGUACGACUGGGUGAGCUGGUCCGUGAGGAUCAUCAACCACGCGGGGAGCACCUACCGCAAGUGGAGGGCCGGGGAGCACUUCCACCACGUGGCCGGUCGGAACUGGUUCGAGGUGCUCCAGGUGAACAACGUCAACCUGGUGGUCUCCUACCACGAGGGGGCCGCUCCCCAGAAGGUACCCCGAGACCUGAUCCAGCAGCUGAUGGAGGGCCCGGGCAGGAAGGGGAACGCCCAGGCCGUGGUGGAGGUCCUGGAGAAGCAGCUGGGCGGGUUCGUGGUGCACGCCGUCAGCCGCCACAAGGAGAGCACAGCCGCCUGGAGCUUCCCCGAGGAGUCGCACUACUGGGAGAGGCACAAGAACGUGGCGGUCUGCGUCCACCCGGAGUAGACCGGGGGUUUGGUUUCUUGGGGUUUGGUUGUUUUUGGUGCGUUGUCGUCAUGAUGCACUAUGUGUUUCGUGGAGUUUCUAGGUAAAGCGGAUCUAAUUUUUUUUUUUACUUUUUUUUUGCCGUCCAUCGAGAUCCUAGCUUUUUUAUUGGCGUUGAUGCAAUUUCUCUGUGUUUGCUGCUAAAUGCUAAAAGUGUUUUUAAUGUUCAAAGUCUACAUUACACACUUUUAUGUAUAUAGGCUGUUUUUAUAAAACUCAUAGUUUAUUAACAACUUUAUUUAAUACUAAACUAAAUUAAAAGGACAUAUAAAAUAUAUAUUAUAACGACUAAAAAUAACUAAUACAUGUUUGGUUAACUUUGUUGUUGCAAUGUUUUGUCUCAAAUGCUAAAUAUUGCAAGCUAUCGCGCCAGUAGGCUACCAAAGAGACAGUGUGUGCUAAAGCUACGCCUGCUAGCUGCGCUCCCAUUUGGUCAGAGAGGUGCUGGCCUAGUUAACACUGAAAGGCAACACGGAGGCAAGCCUUUCAAACGUGAACAACAGGGGACUUGGCAGACGGACUCACACAAAGUGCUCCUUGUUUCAAACUCUGGGAAACCAGUUUACCGUUGAACCGUAACCCAGAGUUUGACCACGUCUCCGUUGCUACUAGCGAUGGAGCCGUGCGCAUGAAAUAUUUCAAUCACGUUACCGACAUGACGGGAACCAAAUCACUGUAAUAAAUGUCAGAGUAACGAGU